CUUUAUAGUAAAAGCUGCAAACCCUUUUUCAGCUUAGGUUUAUGGAUUUUUUUUGGGGGGGGGGGAGGACUGCAAAAAGCCCAAAUGCCUCUGAAUUGUCUGUGUUGGGAUUUCAAUCUAAUCAAAUAGAAUGAAGAGGGUUUUAAUCGUGUUGACAAACCCAUGGGUCCAGUGCUCACUCCUCUUUUCUGGCUGCCAUCUUUCAGGUGUCAUCCUGACCAAUGGCAAGCGUUGGAUCCAGAUGCGGCGCUUCUCCCUCACUACCAUGAGGAACUUUGGGAUGGGGAAGAAAGGCAUUGAGGAACGGAUCCAAGAGGAGACAGAGUACCUGGUGAAGGAGCUCAGAGCCACAAACAGCCAGCCCUUCAUCCCAGCCACCCUUUUCAGCAGUGCUACGGGAAACGUCAUCAGCCACAUCCUCUUUGGAGAACGGUUUGACUACCAGGACAAGGACUUCGUCCGCAUCCUCCGCCUGCUCACAGAUAGCUUACGGCUGGAGAGCUCCUUUGCUGGGCAGGUAAGGAAAAGGAGGAGGAAGAAGAUGUUGAUCUUAGGAGGGAGACAUCAUGGAUAGCUUCUGGCUGGAGAGUGCCAUCACCAGAAGCUCUACAACAUCAUCCCUGGGAUUAUGGACUAUUUGCCUGGCGCUCACCAAAAGAUUUUCCAAGAAACGUUGGCUAUUGAGGAGUUCAUAGGCCAAAAGAUCAAGGAUCAUGAGAAAACCUUUGACCCCUCGAAUACCCCCCGGGACUUCAUAGAUGCCUUCCUCCUCAAAAUGG